AAAUUGACAGUUCACAAACAAAUUAUCUCAUAUUUACGAUUGCAAAACAAAUGCGAUAGAAAAAUUAUCAAAGAAAUUAGAAACAUGUUUACCGUUUGAAUGGACUCAAAAGAUACGUGCGUUUCGACUUGUUAAUUCGUAUAAGAAUCUUAUAACAAACAUGGCGGCAAUUCUCGGCGGCGGCCUCGGAGGUCUCUCCACGGGUUAUUACCUUCUUAAAAACAAUUUACUCACUCCCAAUGCUCUGAAGCUGUACCUAUUAGAAGCCAGUAAUAGCUGCGGCGGCUGGAUCAAGUCCAUCAAGACAAAAGACUACGUUUUCGAGCAGGGACCGCGGACUAUACGCCCGAAAGGCACCACCGGCUUAAACACUUUAAACAUGAUUCAAGACCUAGGUCUCAGCGAGCACAUCUCUCCUAUCACCCCCGAACACCCCGCUGCUAAGAACAGAAUGAUCUAUGUGAACCACAGCCUGCAUUUGCUGCCUUCGAGUCUUAUAAGUGUUUUCCAAACUAAGCAACCAUUCUCGAAACCUUUAAUCUACGCUGCAUUUACCGAUUUAAAACAAAAGCCUAAGAAAGAAAUGAAAGACGAUUCUAUUUACAACUUUGUUGAGAGAAGAUUUGGGAAAGAGAUAGCAGACUAUGCUAUUGCUCCAAUGAUUUGUGGCAUAUGUGCUGGGGAUGCCAAAGAGAUAUCUGUAAAGUUCUUAAUGAAAACCCUUUUUGAAUGGGAACAGAGUUACGGCGGUGUUGUAAAGGGGUUCAUGAAGACCAUGUUCAAACCUAGCAGCGAUGAUAUUUUAGAACUGAGUGAGCUAGCAAAGAGAGCUCAGGAAGAAAAAUGGAAUGUUUACACAAUAAAGGGAGGGCUGGCGACUUUCCCAUCAGCUCUCUAUAACCAUCUCAAGACAAAUAAUGUGGAAAUCCAAAUGAAUAGCAAAAUAGAGGAACUAGAGUUUGUUGAUUCCAGUACUGUGGUGCUUAAGAAUGCUUCUGGUGAACAACUAAAAGCUAAUCAUGUCUAUUCCUCAAUUCCUUCGCAUUGUUUAGCCAAGAUAGUUGGAAAACAACACCCACCGCUAGCUGAGUGUCUAAAUGAGAUACCAUUUGUCACUGUUGGUAUAGUCAACUUGUUUUUUGCAACUCGGCAACUAAUAACACCGGCAUUUGGGUUCCUCGUGCCUCCUAUUGAAAACUCCCCGAUAUUAGGAGUUGUUUUUGAUUCAUGUUGCAUGCCAGACCAGAAUGGUACAGUCCUUACCGUGAUGCUGGGUGGCAGAUGGUUUAAGGAGAAAUUUGGUGACAAUGUGACAGAGCAAGAGCUUCUAAGCACAGCCAUGAAGGAAAUUCAAAGCAUUCUUAAUAUAAAGGAACAACCAACAGAUUCACAUGUAAAUAUUCUAGAGAAAUGCAUUCCACAGUAUGUAAUAGGGCACUAUGAGAGGGUGGAUUUUAUACGGAAGUACAUAAGAGACCAUAACCUCCCAAUUUCAAUUGUCGGGAGCAGUUAUGAUGGAGUUGGCAUUAAUGAUGUAAUCUUUUCAGCCAAAAAGCAAGUGGAGGAAUGUGCUUGAAAAUAUAAAUAAUUUUAUUGUAUUGGGAGUGGGUGCAAAUUAAUGUGUAGGUAAAUGGUGAACUUGUCUUCCAAAAUGAACUACACAAAUUAUUCAAUUUAAUAUGUUUCAGUUUUUUUUUACUGCAGAAAGUUAUAUGAUGAUGAAUGAAUGAAUGUGAGUACUCUUGUUGAAAUAAAGACAGUUUAUAUAUAAAACAAGAUGUGGUAUUUUCUGUACAAACAUAAAAUAAAUGUUAUCUUAAAAUUAUAAAUUGAUUGUUUUAUCUUAAAUGCAUAUAUUAUAAAUAAUAAAUUCCUUAAAGCAUUUAUAGUGUGUCAAUAUCUUAGUUUUGUCAAUGAUUUAAUGAUGUUUUCCAUAUAUUCUUGUACAAAUAAUUUGGGAAAGAAAAUACAUAGAUUCAGAUGCAAAACAUUUUAUUUGGUUACAGUUAACUGGUACAAUGUUGUCUGUAUUUAAUUUACUGGUGCAUAUAAAACUUUGUAAAGCUAUAAAUAUAUUGAUUACAAAACUCUGCUGUGUAAUUAAAAUAAAUUGCAUAUUGCACUUAAGUACUUGCUACUACUAGCA